CCCCUGCCCAGCCACACGUCCCAGGCCUCCUUCGUCUCCGCGCUGGCCAUGGAUGAGGAGAGCUCCGUGGAGGCGGAGAAGACGGCUGAACCCGGCCCCGUAACCCGGCAACCCCACGUCAUGGCAUGCUACCAGAAUUAUCUAGCCCACUACCAGGUCUCAAAUUGGUCUGUGAAGCAGCCAACCAAUAAGAGGACUUCCAAGUCUUCUCUGCACCGCCCCUUAGAUUUGGACACGCCCACCAGCGAGGAGAGCGGCGCCUCCUUCGACCAGCUCUCUGUUCCCAGCUUUAAGGUGAUCAAGCAGGGCCUCUCAGCCAGCUCUCUAUUGGACAGAGGACUGCAGCUGAUGGGGGAACACAACAGUACUCCAUACACCCCGCUGGAUAAGAGGGCCAUGGAGAACACGGACGAGGACACCACGACGGACGACUGGACUCUGGAGCAGCCCCUCGCUCAGACCAGGACCACCGCCAUCGUGGAGGUGAAGGGGGCAGUCAACGUGGUGCUCACGCCCCUCGUUGCCGAAUCCCUGGACAGGUACAUCGAGUCCAUGGUGCACUUUGCCAGUAUCCGUCACCCUGCAGCCAUUCUGGAUGACCUGCAUGGGAAGGUCCUCAAUGAAGCUUACCAGAUCAGCAAGUCCACAGUCACUGAGUCCAGCCAAACAGGCAAGCAGGAGCCCAAGCUGUCCAAGACGGAGGGCACGACCCCCGGCUCCCUCAACAUCACCCACGGCCAGACAGACCUGUCCGUCAAACCGGAUAAUGUGAAAAUAAAGGGCCUCCAAGCCAACGUGUCCAUCCCCAAGGUGAACCUCUGCCUGCUGCAGGCUUCUGUAGAGGAGGGGUCACCGUCGAGCUCCAGUAAGUGCGUCACACACGUGUCUCUGGUGGCGCUGUGCUUCGACAGGAUCGCCACCCAGUUCAGAAUGAACAGGGGGAUUGUGGAGGAGACACCCAACACCUUAGAACAUGGCCGACCGUCCGUCAAUUUGGAGAAGUACGCCUCUGCCACAAAGAUGCAGCCGCAGUCUUCGGGCUCGCUACGCUCCAACGCCGGCAUCGAGAAAGGAAAAGAAAUCGCCGCCAGGCUCAACAUCCACCGUAUCCACAGCCAACUGAGAGGCCUCGACUCCACAGACAUUGGCACAUGCGCCAUCACAGCAAUCCCUUUUGAGAAGUCCAAAGUGCUCUUUGGCCUGGAGGAAUUGGAAGAGUUCUCAAUGGUGGAUGAAACGGACGCCCAGAACACAGCAGGCGAUCUCGGACGUUCCGCCACGUCUCUUGAGAAAUGGGGAUGGAUCAUGUUCGAAUGCGGCAUAGAGAACCUCACGGUCAAAGGGGGCCGUCAGUCAGGAGCCAUCCUUUACAACUCCUUCGGAGUGAUGGGCCGCUCAGACACUGUGGGGAAAACGGGUAUGUCCAAGUCCAACGGGUCCACCGGCUCUCAGACGGGCAGCGGGUACAGCACCGACGUCUCCGACGACAACCUCCCUAAUGAUGCCGUCAGCCCCGCCUCCGAUGCCAAUGAAAACUCUGACUCAGAUGACCAGGACGAAGGAGUGGAGUCAGAUGACCUGAAGAAAGACCUCCCCCUCAUGCCCCCCCCUCCGGACUCCAGCAGCAUGAAGCUGACCAUCAGGGAGAUCUGGUUCAGUUUUGCAGCUCCCACAAACAUUCGGUCACCUUCCCAGGCCAUCUCCAGGCAGUUGAAUCUGCUCAGCACAGCCACACCUGCCAUCGGAGCCUGGCUGGUUCCCAUCGACCAGCUCAAGUCCUCUCUGCGCAAACUGGACAUGGAGGGCACUCUGCGCGUGUGUGCCGUUAUGGGCUGCAUCAUGACCGAAGCUCUCGAGAAAAAGAGCAUCCACAUCCCAAUCCGAAGCAAGUACAACCGCGUGACUAAAAGAGCGCGCUACCUCCAUGAGAACCCCUCCUGUAUGCUGUGCAACAUCCUCCAUCGCUACCUGCAGCAGGCCGACUACUCCGUCAUCGAGGAAGCGACCAUGAAUGAUGGCGUCCCCGCCCUUGUGACUCUAAAGAAGGGUCUGGUUGCGUUGGCCAGACAGUGGAUGAAGUUUAUAGUGGUCACUCAGGGCUUUAAAGCCAUCGGUCUGAUGAGGCCCAACCAGCUCACCAAGCCCAAGGAGCCUCACCAGAGCCUGGUGGAGACCAUGGUGGGCCUGGACAACGGCGCCGCGCUGCAGAGCGACACCAGCGCCGACGGAGCUGAAUUUGAAUUCGAUGCAGCCGCAGUGAGUGAACACACCAUGUUGCUGGAGGGAGCAAGCAGUCGGCCCCCGCCCAAAGAAGCCAACACGGGGCCCGUCAGCGGGGUGGAGAUCAUGAGGAAGCUGUCUAAGUCCCACGCACACAACGAGUCUGCACUCAGGAUAAAGGGCUCCCAUCCAUACCAGUCUCUGAGCUACACCAGCGGUGACACGGCAGCUGACUCACCCGCCCACGUGAGCCGCGUAGGCCUGCCAGCGAAGGAUAGCCCGCGCAAGGAGAGCCUCCUGAGUAAUCUGACAGGCAGCUUCAGGAGCCUGCACAACCUGCUGGAGGGCAUGCCCCAGAGGAACGAGCCGUCUGCCGCCACCGCCAACGCCAAGAGCAACUCCCUCACUCGCACAGGAAACAGUUUAGGAACGGACAUGAUGACGGAGCACCCGCUGCUGUCGGAGCCCUCCUCCGUCAGCUUCUACAACUGGAUGUCCAACGCUGUGGGCAACAGGACCGGGGGGGCGGUCCAGGACUCCCCGAUGAACCGCUCCCAGCACAACAACCUGCAGACAGGUGGGGCGUGCAACCUACCCACAAUCCCCUCUGCCUCAGACUUCAACACGGUGCUGUCCAGCGACCAGAACACCCUGGACGGGACGCAGUCCCAGCAUUCUCAGCACAGCACCAGCCAGGACGACAUGGCUGACAUCGAGGAGGGGAACCAGUGCCCGGCCGCUGUCCAGCUGGCCGACGCUCAGGUGGUUUUCAAGCCUUUGCUGAGCUACACAGGCAUCCAGGCCCAGGACGCCACUCCUCUCAGCUACAAGAUGUACUUUGGAGAGCAUCUGUCUUUUUCUGGAAACCUGGAGUGUCUCCGGGCAGACAUCGUGGACUCAGACACCUCCAAAGAGCGGAAGAACAAAAGAUCCAGGAGACAAGGAAUGGUGAACCUCCCCCCGCUGGAGUUCAAGCCGGCGCUGCUCAUCGAGACGUUCAGCCUGAACGCGGUGGUGAUGGAGAAGUCGACGAGCGCUCCUCAGGGCCCCACCGCGGCCCCGCUGUCCUUCCACGACCUGAACCGCCGCCACUACAACACCUUCCACUGCGACUUCACCACUGCCUGCCAGGCCAUCAGCCAGCGGGUGGACAUGGCCCUGGUGCGCCUCAUCCACCAGUUCAGCACCAUGAUCGACGACAUCAAGGCCACGCAGACGGACAUCAAGCUGAGCCGCUACACCGCCGGCUCCGCCUCCCCCACCCCCACCUUCAAGGCGCGGCCGUACCGACACUUCAGGUCGACGGACUUCAGCCGCAGCUCCCGGGGAAGCAUCAACGGGGCGGGGCGCAGUGGGACGCAAACACUGAGGACAAGAGAGGCGCGGGGAGAGAGGGCAGGGGGAGGGGGGCAGGCGGCGGAGCCGAGAGGACGCACCUCCCUGGGACGAUCGGAGCGACGCACCUCCAAGGUGUCGAGGAAGGGCUCUCGUGACGUGGCCGACCACAUGGCCAUCCAGAUGGACGACUCGGACUCCAUCACGGUGUCGGAGCAGAGCGAGCCGUCGGCAGAGUGUUGGCAGAACAUGUACAAGCUGCUCAACUUCUACUCCCUCAUCUCCGACCCCACCGGCAUCCUGGAGAAGAGCUCCCCAGAGAACUGUCUGUCAGAAGGUGGCCGCCGGCCCUCUGAGCCGUUCUGUAAAGUGAUCUUUGAGAACGAGCAGCAGGACAACUCCACCCCCAACAAGCCCCCGGGCUCAGGGGGGCGGCGGCGCAGCCUGGUGAGCUCCGAGCCGCAGCACGUCACGCUCAUCGUGUUCGGCAUCGGCAUGGUGAACCGCACACACCUGGAGGCCGACAUCGGAGGGCUCACCAUGGAGGCGGAGCUCAAGAAGAUCCACGGAAGCUUCACACUGAAGGAGAAGAUGAAAGAUAUCCUGCACCAGAAGAUGACAGAGACGUGUGCCUCUGCUCACAUUGGGGGGGUAAACAUUGUUCUCCUGGAGGGCAUAACCCCCGACAUCCAACUGGAGGAUUUCCCAACAUCUCCCACCAGCACAGCUAAACAAGAGUUUCUAACCGUGGUCAAAUGCAACAUCGCCAAGUCCCAGGCCCUGUACAGCGCCCAGCGAGGACUGAGAACCAACAACGCAGCCGUCUUCAAAGUGGGGGCCAUCAUCAUCAACAUCCCCCAGCACCCGGCCACGCUGCACAGCAUGAUGGUUCGCAGCUCCCACCAGCUCUCCAAACAGAUUUCUGACCUCAUCCGCCAGCCAUCCAAUGCUCAACCUCCUAAUAGGGAAGACACCCCCAUUCCGCAACCCUCUGAAAAAGCAUCCAGCAUCAAUCAGACCCCCGUGGAAGCUAACGAGUUCCCUCAGCUCCCCGAAGGCCUGGAGAAGAAGCCCAUCGUGCUCAAGUUCAGCGCUAUGAUGGACGGCAUCACCAUCGGGGCCGCCCUGCUGCCCUCACUGAAAGCCGAGUACAAGAUGGGCCGCAUGAAGAGCCAUGGCAUGACGGGGGCACAAACCAGCUUCACCUUCGAGUUGCCGAACCACAAGCUUUGCUUCCAGUCCAAAGUGUCCCCGGUGGACAUGUCCACCAUGCCUCCCUCAGCCAGCCUCACCCUGCCUCCGGUCACCAUGUCAGGGGAGUACAUCAUGGAGGACCACGAGAGCCACUCGGACCAGGGCUGGGCCCCCGACGACUUCCCAGCAAAGCAAGGGAACUACCUGCAGGGCAACUACCUGCGCUGUGUAGCCGAGAUCGGAUCAUUCGAGCACAACCUGACCACAGACCUGCUCAACCACCUGGUGUUCCUGCAGAAGGUCUUCAUGAAGGAGGUCAACGAGGUCAUUCAGAAGGUCUCAGGAGGAGAACAGCCCAUCCCGCUGUGGAACGAGCCCGACACCUCCGCAGACGCAGACAAGCCAAAAAUCCUGCUUUAUUCUCUCAGCCUCAUGUUCAAGGGGAUCCAGAUGACAGCCACCACUCCUUCCAUGCGUGCUGUGCGCUUUGAGACCGGCCUCAUCGAGCUAGAGCUGUCCAACAGGAUCCAGUGCAAGGCUCAGCCCGGGGGCAGCAGCAGCUACCUGAAGCUGUUCGGGAAGUGCCAAGUGGAUCUCCACCUGGCUCUGGGACAGAUAGUCAAGCACCAGGUGUAUGAGGAAGCUGGCUCAGACUUCCACCAGGUGGCGUACUUCCGAACGCGAAUCGGUCUGCGGAACGCUCUGCAGGAGGAGAUCAGCGGCUCCUCGGACAAGGAGGCCGUGCUCAUCACGCUCAACAGGCCCAUCGUUUUCGCCCAGCCAGUGGCGUUUGACAGAG